UUCUUCGUGGCCAGCUUGACUUGUUGCCGAUUUGACUUGUUUUAUUGUAACAGAAAGUAAAAUGUGUGUGUUUUGGAAUUAGACUAUUUGACAUAUCAUUUGAAGAGCACUUCUAUCCUCCAGUGACAUACAUAUAUAAAUCACCCUUUGUCUAAGAGCACGGCCCAAUAUACACUGACGAUCAAUCUGGCUUUUCCUGGUGAAUCUUCCAGACUAAAUGUCACAUCGACUUCUAUUCAGCUCAAAUUUGAUGAUGGUGGACAGCUGAAAAUAAAAACAUGUUAAUUAGAAACACCAAGUAUGAUGUGAUUACAAUCUGAUGUAAUGCAAACAAAUGACCUCUUUAUCUUCCAACAUCAUGGCUGAGAGGAAGAUAGUGUUAGAUCUCACAGAACUGCUUCAGAAAAAUGCUGAUAAAGUGUUAUCUGGAGAGACCAAGCUCUGCUUGACAACCAGUUCUCUGGGUAUCAUAGCAACUAGCUUGCGUAAGUUCAGUGACAGUGCUAAUGAAUAUCCGUCUGUUGGCGGCAAGAAACUGUCGGCACAACAGCAGGCAGCUGAGUUACAGCGAUGGAGGGAGCAUGUCAAGACUCUCUAUGACUUUGUGUUGAAGGUCAAAGCUCUUAAGGUGCUUCAUGGUACAAACACGAUGCGUUCCCCGGUGAUGAUUGCACGAUUUCAGAGCGUGCAAGUGCUGGAGAUAAAAAGACUUCCCAUCCAUAUGGUGGAGGGACUCUCAAAACUCAGGGGCACUCUCAUUGAGCUCAGAGUCUCAAAAAGUCUCCAAACUUUGAUGGAUCUGUUGGAGAUAUGUGGUGGAGACCGCAGCUCUGGUCUAGUCUGGCCCCAACUGAAGACCCUCUACCUCAGCUAUAACUCCCUGAAACAGCUCGACACAUCCCUGAGGUUCGUUCCAUUUGUAGAGGUGUUGGACUUGAGUCACAACAAUUUAUCGCAAACACAGGACUUCUUGAAGUGUUUGGCUGAGUUAGUUCGAGUGAACCUGGGUUUUAACAUGCUGACUUCUGUGCCGGAAUUCUUUGGAGGGUCAAGGCUCCGGACUGUGGUAUUGCGCAAUAAUCAGCUGGAUAACUUGCAAGGCAUGGAGAAGUUGAGCAUGCUAGAGGAGCUAGAUGUUGCAGACAAUCUCCUGAUAGAACAUGACAAGUUGCAACCAAUAGCAGGGCUCAACCGGCUUAUGGUGCUAUGUGUGAAUGGCAAUCCAUUGAGCUAUAAGACUAACCAUAGACUGCUAACAGUUCGCCAAAUAUCUCCACUAGCGGGUGUCGGAGCAUUUCUUUUGGAUGGCCAGAGACUAUCCCAGGAAGAGCUUGCUGUUUUGAAGCAAAACAGGGCACAAGUGGUUCACCAGGAAUUUCCAGAUGAGAGCCAGGUAGACAACCAAAUAGCUGAAUCCCAGCUGUUUCCUAGUUCACACACUUCAAAAAAGAAACACGGGCACCGACGCAGGCCGAGUAAAGAACGCAUUCCAAAAAUUGCAGACAUUGAAGACUCUUUAUUAGAAGAACACAGUUCAAGAGUGACCCCUGCUGUGACCCCUGGCUCCUCCUACAUGGAGGACAGGAAUGUUGCUGUGGAGAUAGAGACCAUGAGGGAACAUCUCCAGGACAACUGGCUUAAGGCGCUGAAUGUUGACCAGACAGAUUCAGUUCCAAAAGUGGAACCAGUACUACCAAAGGGCAGCAACUCUGUUAAAGAGGAAAACUAUGUAACCCAGACUGAACAAACUGUUAAUACAUUAAAUGCUAGUCAAAUGCAUAUGGGACAAUCUGUUGCCCAGACUAAAGCAAUAUCAAGAACAACAAAUACUAGUCAGGUGCAGAUGGAAGUUGAAAAAACUCCUAUAUCUCAAGCAGCGAAAGAAGCUACACAGACCAAAGAAGCCAGCUCUGUCUUGCCAAAGAAUGCAGUUGCAUCAACAGUAAAGGUGACGCCUGCGAGCCCAUCCGAAUUCCCUAUGAAAGAUACAACAGACAUCUAUGCAGUGUCUGCGGAGAAAUUGAGAAAGUCUUCACAGCCAACAACACAUCCAGAUGAGCGUAUUGUGCCUCUAGUUGCAUCAACAGUAAAGGUUACACCUGCCAGCCCAUCCGAAUUCAUCAUGAAAGAUACAACAGACAUCUAUGCAGUGCCUGCGGAGAAAUUGAGAAAGUCUUCACAGCAGACAACACAUCCAGAUGAGCGUAUUGUGCCUCAAUUUUAUACACAAACCAGCACAAGCUCUACUCUGAGUGACUCGGACGUACAAUCUACUGAAUAUGAUGAUGAGUGUGACCCCUACAUUGUGAUGGUGCCUGGCGAAGACAUGAAGAAUAUCAUAGUGUCCUUGAACAGGCGCUUCCUCCUGGAGAAGGACCUCAAUGGCAAACUCCUAUGCUGUCUGGAUAUGAAUUGCUUGCUGAAUGUGAUCCAGACAGAGGAAAUAUGUCAUGGCUCGGACAUUAUGAGCGGUCUUCAGUUCUACGUGCUGAGACUCAAGUUUGACUAUGUACGCAAGGACUUCAGAGAGAGGGCAUAUGCCAUGGAGGAUAGCACAGAUGCUUGGAAUUUGCUGAGAGAGUUUUCAAAGCAUUUGAAGUCAGACAAAAGUUCUCAUAUCAUGAUGCAGUGCCUGAAGUGUCGGACAGAGUUUCAGCAGCCCCAGCAAGGUGAUGAUGAAGAGGCGAGGGCCAUCUACAAGUGCCCUUCUUGCAAAAGUACCAUGGUGAUACGCUCCGACAAGCCGCCUGUCCCGCCCGUCUCACCUGGGUCAAGUCCUGGAGACGGGAAGAACAGACUCAAUGACAGACCACCAGACAUGAGUCAGAAAUUGCUGGCACCAAAAAAUGUGCCUAAAGAGCAGAGUAUCUCAAGGUUCUCCAGACGCCGCUCACCUAUAAGGAGCUUAUCUCCAAAUGUUGGAAUCGCCUCUGCAAGAAGGGGCAGCUCCCCAAACAUCAGCGGCCGUACCUCCCCCAAAAGGGAUCUGUCCCCCAAAAAAGAGUGGUCACCGCGGCGAGGUAGUACCCCUGGUAACGGGGGCCAGUCCCCACAGAGAGGGAGGUCACCCCCCAGGGCGGCCAGCCCUCCUAGACUUGGUGUCAGCUUGAAAGACAGAGUUGACUACCUGAUCGACUACAAGUCUAGCAAGGCCAGUGUCACAGAAGAUACUCAACAAUCUACUAUGUCUGAACAAACUGUGGCGUCAACAAUAGUGGUGCACACAUCCUGGUCUGAUGACCCACCAUUGACCUCCAGCAAGUACAGCCACCAAUCGUCUGUCUCGUCUGUGGAAAGUGACAUUACAAUCCUGUCUAAACGAUGCAGCCAGGCAAACCUGUUAGAGAAUGAAACCAUCAUUGAAAACGCUUCUAUCGUUAGUAGUGACAGUGAUAUUGUUCAGUUACGGAAAUCAAACACCAUCAUCAAUGAGAGCAUCCAUGGGAUCUGGAAGACGAAUGAGCAAGGGCAUAUAACUCCAAUGGGCUCCCCUUUGUCAAACAGUGUCUGCUCAAGUAUGGUGUCCAGUGUGUAUGAAAAUACAUUAGCUGGGGCAGGGGAUGAUGGGCCCAAUGUGCAUAAAGCACAAACAACAGACACUGAGGAAGAUGCUAUUGUUGUGAGGCAGUCUCGCAGAAUUAGAGGCUCUCCCAGUCCUUCGAGGAAAAAUCGAAUUGCUGCAAUUUAUGACUCUGAUGAUAGUGACAAAGUUCAAAAGAGAAAAAAGUCUGUAGAGAGAUCAGAUGUGAAGGAAACAAAUAGAGAGUACAGUAUUUAUGACACAGAUGACUCCCAUAAUUCUAGUGGUCAUUCAGUAUACAACACGGCACGGUCACAACCAGACUCAGAACAUUCCAACAAUUUAAGUGUGCAUUCAGACAAUAACAACCAAAGUUCUAGCUUUUCUUCUCCACUUAGAUCCAAUAGGUCUCGCACAAAAUCACCCAAUCAAAGAAAAUUGACGCAAUCAGCCGUAGACUAUGAACAAAACACGUCAGAAAAUCAAGUACCUGAUUUCCCGUCAGAUUUAUCUCCAAUCAAACAAAGGGUACAAAAAAGUGAUCACAGAAGUGAUCACAGAAGUGCAUUUAUUUAUGACAAUGUCAGCAACAUUUCUGAAAAUGAGAGGUCAGUUGGGCUUAGUUCAAAUAUUUCCAGGGACUCAAAUGGAGAUACAAGUUUUAACCAGUCACAAAGUCAGAAGGGAAGUGCCAAUACAACAGGAAGUGGGCCGUUGCCUUGGGAGAUAGAGGAGAACAAGGGCAAGGCAUCUGGGAAAGAUGAAAGUCUAAACCACGAGGAGUUUGUUAAUAUUGAUCAUAGAGUGCAGCUGCAUCUAGAACUAAAAGUGUUCAAGGGAGAGGAAUCUGCUAAGUGUGCAAUACAAUGUGAUGUAGUUCAGUACAUGAAAGUGGCCCCAAUUAAGAGCAUCUUGGUAAUAUCUACGCACAGAAUUCUCCUCUUUGAAAUCACUGGAGAAAGCACUAGUUCUGACGAUUGGUUAGUUUGUUACGAGGAUCAGCUAAUCACAGAGCUGCGUUACAUCGAUAUCGGUCUAGGUUACCAAACACUAAGACUAGAGUUCGGUACGGAAUGUGCCAGCUAUUCAUUGCUGAUAGCUGAUGAAGGAAGAUGCAAACAGUUCUUGACACUCAUAUCUGACAUUCUUCAGAAGGUGGCCAUGUCAGACCACAGCAGGCUGGAGGGCAUCAUCAAGUCUAGUCCGGUCACCCUGGGCAACCUGAGAGCACAGGUCAUUCAUGCCCCGGGGGAGGAGCCAGACCCUGAGGCCGAGCCACAGGAACUGGUUCGCUACCUCAUGGUGCAACUUGUGAAUGAGGACGACAAAGGCCAGCUCCUAGGUCUGGUGAUCACGACAACCGACCUGGUGUUGGUGGAGGAGAACCACCAGUGGCCGUUACCACGGUUACAGGCACCACUAUCUGAGAGCAUCAAGGGGAAACAAUUCACCGUGAAACACAGGGAGAAGAUCAACAAUAUUGAGUCUUUGAUGUUUAAUGAAUACAAUCCACGCGAACUGCGACUGACGUUCUUUGAAAGCUCCAAUGCCAACAGUGUUAAGGCUGUUUGGCUGAUAACCCUGGAAACGGUGAAAGGUGUUAAGUCAUUGGUUGAUGCAAUCAGGGUACCUUGGGAGCAGGAAUUUGGAGUCUCUCUUGAUAUUACAUCGACCUCGUUCUCUGAGACGGAGUAGAUGUGUGAAAUUUGUAUGCAUAUAUGUAUUGACAUGUCCAUUAUUUCAUCUGUCUCUCUGUACAAGGUUAACUGUACAAAGGAGGGCAUAUAGUGAUCGCGCUGUCAGUCUGUCUGUCUGUCCGCGACACUUUGGCGUUUAGGUUUCGAAAAAUGCUCAUAACUUCUAUGUUGUCUCAGAUGUAACCUUCAUAUUUGGUAUGCAUGUGUAUAUGGACAAGGCCUUUACAUAGGCGCACAAUUUUGACCCCCUUGACCUUGAACUUUGGGUCCGCGUUUAGGUUUCGAAAUCUGCAUUUAGGUUUCGAAAAGUGUUUUUCGGGGGCAUAUGUCUUCCGAUGGAGACAGCUCUUGUUAUAAUAUCUAUACUGCUUGUUACAAAGCUUCGAUACUUUCAUGGAUCCCAUAUUAGAGCACUGUCAACACACCCAUACUACCUGACCUCACUUUGACCUAGACAUAUUUCUACUUUUACCUUGCUUUAUUCAGAAGGUCAACAUUCUUGGUAAACCCACAAUGAUUUUUUGAUAUCAAUACUACAAUGUACUUGCUUGAAAGCUUUGACACUUGCAUCCAACGCCUGGCACACUUGCUUGGUUUAGUUUAAACCUAUUUAUUUUAGCUGGACUGCAUCAAAAGCUUAAGUCUUAUUUAAAAUACUCUCGAGUCCAUUUCUUGUGACUAUAACCAGUACUUCAGGUGUCUUUGAGAGAGAUAUAAAGAAAUUGUGUACAGUUGGGAUCGAACCCAUGACAGCCUGGUCGCUAGGCAGACACCAUAUCCACUAUGCCACAACGCCCUUAAAGCUUACUUGCUUCAAAUGACCUCAUUUUUAUUGGAAUGCAGCAUCUUGUUUUCCGAAGCAUCAAUUCACAUGUGAAAUACCCAGGUGAUAACAAUCAAUUCACAUGUGAAAUACCUAGGUGAUAACAAUCAAUUCACAUGUGAAAUACCUAGGUGAUAACAAUCAAUUCACAUGUGAAAUACCUAGGUGAUAACAAUCAAUUCACAUGUGAAAUACCUAGGUGAUAACAAUCAAUUCACAUGUGAAAUACCCAGGUGAUAACAAUCAAUUCACAUGUGAAAUACCCAGGUGAUAACAAUCAAUUCACAUGUGAAAUACCUAGGUGAUAACAAUCAAUUCACAUGUGAAAUACCUAGGUGAUAACAAUUUUUAUGGUGAUUCUAUCACUUAUUUCCUUAGUCAUAAAUUAUGAACUGUACUUCAAAAAUCAUUGUUUGUCAAUACAUAUGUUGCAAAGUACAGGCUGUUAAGAAUUGUUUAUUACAUAGUGGUAUAUGAAAUAUGGAAAAAUGAAAUUUGAAAAAAGAAAGUUAAUUUGCUUUCUGUUUGUUGAAUAUUAUAAUAUAGAAUAGUAUUUACUAGAGAGAUCUUUACAAGAACUGAUGAUACAAUUGGAUUGAUAGCUAUAUUUUCUUAUACCACUGACUUAUGCAGUUUGUGUAUGCAUAUGUUUUAUUUUUUUUUUAAAUAUUAAGAAUAAACCUUAAAUAUUUAAGUGUGAAUAAUGUUACAUGUCACAUACUACAAAUUUGUAAUAUAAUGUGAGCAUAUACUGCCUAGAUGGCUGUGAUUCUAUUGUAGUCAAUUUCUGUGGUUUAUUGAAAAUCAAUUGAAUACAAUUAAAUGAUAACGCACCAUAUUUGCUCAGAAAACAUGCACCUUAUCUUGUCCAUUUCUCUUGACUUUCCUGUUACACGGAUGCUAGGAUUCCUUGUCUACUUGUUUAUUGCUAAACACACUAUAUCUAGGUCAACAUCAUCAGAAUAAAAUAAGAUUAUAGAACCUUUUUGAAGGACACAUUAAAAAGAUCAAACCAUGAAAUCAUCUAAAAUCUGAUUUAUCUAACGGAAAAAAAAUAGUUAAUGGAACUAAACAAUUCAAACAGAAUGAAAUUUUAGAACAAAUCUCCAUACUAUAAGAAAUAAAUAACUUGAAGUGAUAAGUAACAUGACAUUUCAGCAAAUCAUUAACUUACUGUAGCCUUCUGACCUAAAUCAAAAUGUUAAGCAAAAAAACCACAUCAUACAACAUGGGUCUUAUGCCACAUGCGGCCAUUGUAGCCCCAACCAAGUCAGCAAAACUGGCUUACCGGUAUAUGAUAGUUAUAUAGAAUGGUAUAGAAUGGUAUCAUGAACAUUACUUUAAUGUUGAUUAAAGGUGAUACCUAUUUUCAAGGCUUAUACAACCAGAACCUAGAGUUUAGUGUUGAUUAAAGGUGAAACCUAUAUUCAAGGCUUAUACAGCCAGAACCUGGAAGCUUGCAAAUAACUUAAUUUGUCCCUUUUUGCCAAGUAAUUAUUAAUCCAAUCUUGUAGCAGAAUAAAUUAAUGAAAUAUUAAGAGACAAAGUUGUUACAAAAUAAUGAUGUAAUUAUAUUGCAUGUGAUGAUGUGUUGCAUUUAUUCCACAGAGUGUGAAUAAAGCUAAGUUUAUCUUUUGCUGUAAUUUUUCAUCAAUGUUUAUGCAAUGAUUCUUUUUUUUGCAUGGUGCUAGUUUUUGUCAGCUGGCUCGCUUUUUUCUCUGUAUGAUAUUAUUUCACCGGUGUAAUAGGCAUCAUGACUAUGGCAUGAAUAUCACGUUAGUUAUUAUCAGGGCAUUGAUUCCUAGAUGUUUGUAUUUUAUAUGAUGUUUUAUGUUUUUGCAUAUUCAAUAUGGUUUUAUAAAUUUAUUGCUUACAUUUUGUUUUUUGUGGACUUAUUAUUCAUUAUUGAUUGUAUUGUUAUGGAGUGAUAAAUACAGCAUUUACUUCCAAACAUGUCAUGCAUAUAGUACUAUACAGACUUUCCAUGCAAAUGCUUUACAAAAUAGUACAGCAUAUAAUUAAAAAUAAUUCAUGUAUAUAGGUCUCUACAGCUUUUUGAAGCAAAAUGCUCAACAAAUAUUCAAGUGCUAAAUUAUUUGUUGUUUAAUGUGUAUACAUUGAUUGUAUUUUUCCGUAUCUGACUAUAUUGUUAUGACUGUUUACAUUAUUCUAGGUAAGAUCUUUUUUUCUAAAAGAAAAUGUUUUGUGUUCCCUUUGAUCAGGCACUGUUUGAAGUUUAUUCAGGUAUGCAAUACCUGUUACAAAUUGAAAACAAGUGAACUAAUUUUUCAUUUAAUUAAAGAAACUUGAAACCCUGAUACAUUCCCAAGUGUGUUGUAUUUGAAAUGGAAACGACUUUUAUCUUGCUAAUAGAUUUAAAUGUAAUGCAUGCAGACAAUCAUUAAUUAAUUACAAAGUGCAUAACGUGAGCUAUUGACUAUUGUGAUUUCCCUAUGAAAGGUGCCUGUAGUCCUGUGGUGUGCAUCAUGAACUUGAUGCUCUUGACCACUCUAGAGGCCACAUUAUUAUGCCGUGUGUGCGUCUGUCUGUCUGUAUGUCUGUGCACAAUUUUUUUCCGGGCUAUUUCUCAGCAACUAAUGACCGGAAUUCAAUGAAACUUUAUGGGAAGCUUCACUACCAAGGGGAGAUGUGCAUAUAAUCAGCGGGUUCUGGUCGGAUGAUUUUUCACAGAGUUAUGGCCCUUUGAAAUUUUUGAAAUUUUCCAUUAACUGUACAUAUAGUGCAAUUCUUGUCUGGGCUAUUUCUCAGCAACUAAUGACCGGAAUUCAAUGAAACUUUAUGGGAAGCUUCACUACCAAGAGGAGAUGUGCAUAUUAUCAUCGGGUUCUGGUCGGAUGAUUUUUCACAGAGUUAUGGCCCUUUGAAAUUUUUGAAAUUUUCCAUUAACUGUACAUUUAGUGCAAUUCUUGUCCGGGCUAUUUCUCAGCAACUAAUGACCGGAAUUCAAUGAAACUUUAUUGGAAGCUUCACUACCAAGAGGAGAUGUGCAUAUUAUCAGCGGGUUCUGAUGAAUGAUUUUUCACAGAGUUAUGGCCCUUUGAAAUUUUUGAAAUUUUCCAUUAACUGUACAUAUAGUGCAAUUCUUGUCCGGGCUAUUUCUCAGCAACUAAUGACCGGAAUUCAAUGAAACUUUUUGGGAAGCUUCACUACCAAGAGGAGAUGUGCAUAUUAUCAUCGGGUUCUGGUCGGAUGAUUUUUCACAGAGUUAUGGCCCUUUGAAAUUUUCUAUAAAAAAUUAUUGUCCCCCCAACUACUGUGCCCUCAAGACGUUUCGUUUUAUCUGAAUAUAUAGUGCAAUAUUGUGUAAAAAAAAAACUUUGGGGAGCAUCACCCAUCUCCGACGGUUACUUGUGCAUCCAGUCUUGAUGAAACUUGGUCAUAAUGUUAGUUAGACAAUAUCUGGGCUUACUUCAAAUCAGUAUUACAUGCUUUGAACUAGGUCACCAGGUCAAAUAUUAGAAACACAUUUGAUUACACUCUGGAGGCCGAAUUGAUGUCUUAAUCUUGAUGGAACUUGGUCAAAAUGUUUAUUUUGACACUAUCUAGACUGAUUUCGAAUCUGGGCCCCGUAUGUUCAAAACCUAGGUCACCAAAUCUUUAAAAUCUUGUUACAACUCUAGGGCCACAUGUAUUACUCAGUCUUGGUGAAACUUUGUCAGAAUGUUUAUUUUGACAAUAUAAAGGUAAUGUUAGGAUCUGGUCAAGUUGAGUCAAACAUGAGAUCAUCAGGUAAAGUGUAUAACCUUUUGUGUUUGUGAAAUCAAUUAAGUGGUUAAGGACCACCAUUGCCCUCAUAUUUUUAAAACAUUGCACUCCGUGGACAAUAUUCAUUCACUUUAUGUUCAAAUUAUGCGCUUAAAUGUUGAAUCAUUAUAAACUUUCUAAUGAAUGGCCAUUCACUUUGAGUAUUUAAUUCAUAACCUGUGACAUUCUCCAAAAAAAUAUUUUGAAAAAUGCUUGUUCUUAUCUUCGUUAUGAGUGCUCACUGAUUAUCAUAAAUUUAUGUAUGAUGAAAUGUGGCCUCUAGUGUUCACAAGGCAAAAUGUUGACGACGGACUAAGGGAUCAGUCGUAAGCUUACCUUAUAUCGAAGUCAAUUAUUUAGUGUUGAAAGAACAUGCAAUCCAAUAUGAUUUUAAACCAAUGAACGUGUUUGUAAAUGAUCAUUGCAUAAAAGCUUCCUUGUUGUAUAUUAUAUACUUAACCAAUAAAAUUAUUGCUUCCUAACCAUCUUAACAUUCACAUAUAAAGCUCAUGUAAAUAAAAGAUGCUUUUAAUGACAAUGAAUGUUAAUAAAAAUAUGUCAACCUUUUUAAAUAGUACCAGCCAGAAGACAGAAAAAUACUCUUUUGUAUGUCCAAGGGUUUGCAGAAAAUCAAUUGCACGGACCAUGUGAGCAUGUAUUAGUGUUUAUCAUCUACACAUAUCUUAUAUUGCCAAUAAUUUAAAUCAGAUCCCAUGAAAUGUUUGGGCAAUUUUUUAUACCACAAAAGUAAAUGUAUCUUUUAUUGAAGUAAGUCUUCUAAAUGCUUCAGUGCCUUUGGCCAACAGUUUAUACAAACUCUAGUAUAUUAUAUGGUAUUAAAACUGUUCUUGCCAUGAACCUGUUAUAAAAAUCAUGUUUUUAUGCGUGUGCCAUGUUAUUUAUAUAUGAUAAUAAAUUGUGUACAUGUAUAUAUAAGUGUUCAAACUUAUAUUGAUAAACUUUUAUUGUUGUAGAUAUUGUGUUUAAUAAUUUCUUCUUCAUGUUUAAAACUAUAUUGUCAAUGUGUGGCUCACUUCUUCAAUAUAUAUUUAUGCUGUUUAUAUCUUAAUACCUCUAGAAACUAUAUGUUUUUUUAUGAAGUCACCCUUGCAAAUAUUGUAUAGCGCUUGUUCCGUUCUAUAUGUUUUUUUCACCAGGACUAUUAUGUACACCCUUAUAUAAUGUGUCGUUAUCAAACCAGUUAAACUAUAUUUACUCUGUUAUGUUAUUGUUUUUAAUACAUUUGAUAUUAAAGUGUUUUGUUCAUUUGCUUAUCCUCUUUUUAAAAUAAAUGUAUAAAUACAUCAA